CUGCGCGCUCUGGUUUCCAUGUCAUUGGUCGCCAGCGCCGGCUGCGGGGAGGAAUCAAAAGCCGUCGGCAGGGCGGGCGACUUCACGGUGUUUUCGAUCCACAGAGGCGAGGGAGACAUUGGAUUAGCGACGCUGUGGUGAGCUCAGGAGGUGAAAAAUGCAUCGUUUAAGGACUUGUGCUGCUAAGUUGAGGCCAUUGACUGCCUCGCAGACUGUUAAAAAAUUAUCACACAGUGGGCCAGCAGUGUCUAGGACGUUUCAACAAGGCCGUUUCUAUACUGCGCCAGUAGCUGCUGAGCCCUUUCUGAGUGGGACUAGUUCGAACUAUGUUGAGGAAAUGUACUUUGCUUGGCUUGAAAACCCACAGAGUGUUCAUAAGUCAUGGGAUGUAUUUUUUCGAAAUGCCAAUGCAGGAGCACCACCGGGCACAGCUUACCAAAGUCCUCCACCACUGGGUGAGAGUUUGGCUGCGUUUUCUAAUGCCCAGUCCAUGAUGGUCACCCAGCCAAAUGUGGACAAGUUAGUAGAGGAUCAUCUGGCAGUACAGUCACUCAUCAGAGCUUACCAGAUACGAGGGCAUCACGUUGCACAGCUGGACCCUCUAGGAAUUCUGGAUGCGGACUUGGAGUCGUCCGUACCAGCUAACCUAGUCAGCUCCUCAAGUGGACUUGACAUCGCAGUCUGCAAGGAGCGUCUGAAAAAGUUGACGGUAGGAGCAUUUUAUGGCCUAGAUGAAUCGGACCUUGACAAAGUCUUCCACUUACCCACCACCACCUUCAUUGGAGGCAAUGAAACUGCCCUUCCUCUCCGGGAAAUCAUUCGACGAAUGGAGAUGUCUUACUGCCAGCACAUUGGUGUUGAGUUCAUGUUUAUCAAUGACCUGAAGCAGUGCCAGUGGAUCAGGCAGAAGUUCGAGACUCCAAGUGCCAUGCAGUUCACAAAUGAAGAGAAACGCACCCUCUUGGCCAGGCUGGUCCGCUCUACCAGGUUUGAGGAGUUUCUGCAGAGGAAGUGGUCCUCUGAGAAACGCUUUGGCUUAGAAGGCUGUGAGGUGCUGAUCCCAGCACUGAAAACCAUCAUCGACAAAUCCAGUGAAAAUGGUGUCGACAAUGUCAUCAUGGGCAUGCCUCACAGAGGCCGUCUAAAUGUGUUGGCUAAUGUCAUCAGGAAGGAACUGGAGCAGAUAUUCUGUCAGUUUGACUCGAAAUUGGAAGCUGCCGAUGAGGGCACUGGUGAUGUGAAGUACCAUUUAGGUAUGUACCAUCGGCGGAUCAAUCGUGUAACAAACAGAAAUAUAACACUCUCUCUGGUGGCUAACCCAUCGCAUCUGGAGGCUGUCGAUCCUGUUGUACAAGGAAAGACCAAAGCGGAACAGUUUUACCUCAGUGACACAGAAGGAAAGAAGGUAAUGUCCAUCCUUCUGCAUGGUGACGCAGCCUUUGCAGGACAGGGAAUUGUCUAUGAAACCUUCCACUUGAGUGACCUUCCAUCAUAUACGACUCACGGAACAAUUCACGUGGUGGUGAAUAACCAGAUUGGGUUCACGACUGAUCCACGAGUAGCCCGCUCUUCUCCAUACCCCACUGACGUGGCCCGUGUGGUGAACGCUCCUAUUUUCCAUGUGAAUGGAGAUGACCCAGAGGCGGUGAUGUAUGUGUGUAAUGUGGCUGCCGAGUGGAGGAACACUUUUCAUAAGGAUGUAGUGAUUGAUUUGGUCUGUUUUCGGCGCAAUGGCCACAACGAGAUGGAUGAACCAAUGUUUACUCAGCCACUGAUGUACAAGCAAAUCAAGAAGCAGAAAGCCGUGCUGAAGAAGUAUGCAGAGAAGCUGAUGUCCGAGGGCGUUGUGACUCAGCAAGAGUUUGAGGCAGAAAUGGCGAAAUAUGAUAAAAUAUGUGAGGAGGCAUAUGCCCGAUCGAAAGAUGAGAAAAUCAUGCACAUCAAACACUGGCUCGACUCACCAUGGCCUGGUUUUUUCACUCUCGAUGGCCAGCCUAAAAGCAUGAAGUGUCCCUCCACUGGUCUGAGUGAGGAGACGCUGGCUCACAUCGGAGGUGUAGCCAGCUCUGUGCCGGUGGAAGAUUUCACUAUUCAUGGAGGUUUAACUCGUAUCCUAAAAAGCCGGGGUGAGAUGGUAAAGAAUCGCACAGUAGACUGGGCUUUAGCAGAGUAUAUGGCCUUUGGAUCCUUGCUAAACGAAGGUAUUCAUAUCCGCUUGAGUGGGCAGGACGUGGAGAGAGGAACUUUCAGCCAUCGGCAUCAUGUGCUGCAUGACCAGAAUGUGGAUAAGAAGACCUGUAUCCCCAUGAACCACCUGUGGCCAAACCAAGCUCCCUACACUGUGUGCAACAGCUCGCUCUCCGAGUACGGGGUGCUGGGUUUCGAGCUGGGGUUUGCAAUGGCUAGUCCCAAUGCACUGGUUCUGUGGGAGGCUCAGUUUGGCGAUUUCCACAACACUGCCCAGUGCAUCAUUGAUCAGUUCAUCAGUCCGGGCCAGGCCAAGUGGGUGCGACAGAAUGGAAUCGUCCUGCUGCUUCCUCACGGCAUGGAAGGAAUGGGGCCUGAACAUUCCUCUGCCAGACCGGAACGAUUCCUACAGAUGUGCAACGAUGAUCCUGAUGUUGUUCCGAAACUGACGGAAGACUUUGCAGUGCAGCAGCUGUAUGACACUAACUGGAUCGUUGUGAAUUGCUCCACACCUGCAAAUUACUUCCAUGUGCUGAGGAGACAGAUACUGCUGCCUUUCAGGAAACCGCUGAUCGUCUUCAGCCCCAAAUCACUGCUGCGUCAUCCUGAUGCGAAAUCCAGCUUUGACAUGAUGCUGCCAGGUACAGAAUUCCUGCGUGGAAUUGAGGAGGAUGGACCUGCAGCUCAAAAACCAGAGAACGUUAAGAGGCUGCUGUUUUGUACUGGUAAAGUGUACUAUGAGCUGGCAAAAGAGCGCAAGAACAGAGACCUGGAAGCUGAGGUUGCAAUCACCAGGCUGGAGCAGCUCUCUCCCUUCCCGUUCGAUGUGGUGGAACAAGAGGCAAAGAAGUACCCCAACGCUGAGCUGAUCUGGUGUCAGGAGGAGCACAAAAACCAGGGUUACUACGAGUACGUGAAGCCACGCAUCCGUGCCACCACUCGACGCGAGCGGCCUGUCUGGUAUGCUGGCCGUGAGCCAGCCUCUGCCCCGGCCACAGGUAACAAGAACACUCACUUGCAGGAGUUGAAGAGGUUUCUGGAGACCAGUUUUAACCUGGACUCCUUCAAGAACCUGGACAAUUAGGACCUGGCCUUGGAUUCACUCGCCGUCUGAACCUUCAUCUUCCGUCCUUACUCUAGGGACUAGGCUGUGCAUGCUACUGAGAUCUAACUUGUACAACUGGUGAGAGGCUUGUAUCUGCAGCAUUUAUUUCAGAUAGAGCAAAAAAAAAAAAAAAAAAAUACCUCGAUUCAACACAGGAAUUAUGAAGCAGAAAAGAGCGGUGUAUAAACAGGCCACUGACUUACUAUAGCUUCACCCGCUCCACUUUUUAAUGUAUUGUUUAGUUUAAUCGAGCAGUUGAAGUAAUGAGGUGUGGUUUGUAAAUUUUGUGAAUAAGGAAUUUUUCUAUUUCUGAACUAGCUGUGGGCUAACUCCCGGUCGAUGGCUGGAUCACGUUCCGAUUUUAGCUUCCCUGACCCACCCCACUGCACCGCUACCACCCCACCCCACCCCCCCUCCCCCACGCCC